AUGAAAUCACUACCCGUUGAGUGUUCCUUUUGCCAAUGGACUGGUGUCUUGAAUAACUAUCAAGAGCAUCUUGAUCAAUCUCAUCCAAAUCUGACAUGUGAAUUUUGUCACGAACAUUUUAACUCAGUUAACGAUUUCAAUGAACAUAAAGUCUCUAAAUGUCAAAAGAUGAUAGUUCAAUGUAAAUUGAAAGAUUUUGGUUGUAAUGAACAAAUCAUCCGUGCUAAGAUAAAAGAUCAUUAUUUGAGUGAACGACAUCAACAUGCCAUAAUCAAACUUAUUCGUCAGUCGUCAUUGCAAUCCAAUGAUCAACAAAUACAUAUUGAUCUUCCAUGA